GGAGUACUAAAAGUGGCGUCUUACCACGAGACCUCGUCUGAGCAACUGCGCGCGCAGCUCCUGCACUGAAACGCUCGUAAAAGCGGGUCGUUAUGGCGAAAAGAUGACCCCACUUGCCGUGGACUUGUCAUGUUAGACCUCUGUCGGCUCCCGCAGUCAUGAGACUAUAGUAUGGACCAGCUAUGCUGUCCAGAAAAGGACUCAUUCCCGAGGAUUAUGUGUUGACUCGGUUGGCGGAGGAUGUGUUACAGCCCAAAUAUAAAACGAAACAGCGGAAAGCGCGAUUCGUCGCCAAGAACGGAAGAUGCAAUGUAGCGCACACGAAUAUUCGCGAACAAGGACGCUUUCUACUAGACGUUUUCACCACCCUAGUAGAUCUAAAAUGGCUUUAUACUCUUUUGAUAUUCACUAUGUCCUUCCUGUGCAGCUGGCUUUUGUUUGGCAUGAUCUGGUGGCUCAUCGCCUUCGCGCACGGAGACCUGGACGUGAAAGGUGACGACUUUGUGCCGUGCGUGACGGACAUCCACUCAUUCUCCUCCGCUUUUCUGUUCUCCAUCGAAGUUCAGGUGACCAUCGGCUUUGGAGGACGGAUGGUCACGGAGGAGUGCGUAUCAGCAGUCGUUAUAUUAAUUAUUCAAAACAUAGUAGGUUUGCUGAACAAUGCCAUCAUGUUGGGAUGCAUCUUCAUGAAAACAGCGCAGGCAAACCGGCGAGCAGAAACGUUGAUCUUCAGCAAGCAUGCGGUUAUAACAGUCCGAAACAACAAGCUGUGCUUCAUGUUUCGCCUCGGAGACUUGAGGAAGAGUAUGAUCAUCAAUGCGACCGUACACGUGCAGGUGGUGAGGAAAACCGUCACCAACGAAGGCGAGCUGGUGCCACUGAACCAGAUAGACAUCCAAAUGGACAACCCGGUGGGCACCAACAGCAUCUUUCUGGUCUCUCCUCUUAUUAUCAGUCAUGUUAUUGAUAAAAACAGCCCUAUGUAUGAUUUUUCUGAGGCUGAUCUGCUCCAUGAAGACAUUGAGGUGAUUGUCAUACUGGAGGGGGUUGUGGAGACCACCGGUAUCACCACUCAAGCGCGGACCUCUUACCUGUCCGAGGAGAUCUUGUGGGGGCACAGGUUCGUGCCCACGGUGUCUGAAGAGGAUGGGAUGUAUGCUGUGGACUAUUCAAAGUUUGGAAACACGAUUAAAGUGUCCACGCCGAGCUGCAGUGCGCGGAUAUUGGAUGAGGAGGGCGGGUUAGAGAGGUUUAAAGUGCACAAGUCCACCAGCACCAGGCGAAUCAGAAACACAAAAGAAGAGUGAAUUUAACCCACUCAGAAAAACGGUUUUGCCAUUUGUUUGAGCAUUUUAUUGUUAAUAGUAGUAUUCUCCAGUAAAUAUAUAUAUUUAUGUUUCAACGCUAUAUUUAUUCAUUAUUUUAAAUAAGAAAUAUUAAUUAAAUAUUUAAAAAAGAUAUAUUAUUUUUAACAGUUGUUUACGAAUGUAUUGUCUGGUGUGGUUAAAGGAUUAAUCCAAAAAAUUAAUCUUGUUUAAAAUGAAUGUUUUUUUGGUUUUUCACCAUUCAGAGUAAAUUCUAGUCUGUUGUGUGAAAAUCCCAGGAGAUCAACAGUUACAGAAAUAUGCCAUGGUCCAAAUCAUUGAGAUCAAAUUUUUUCCCCAUUCUGAUGGUUGAUGUGAACAUUAACUGAAGCUCCUGACACAUAUCUGCAUGAUUUUCGCAUGGAUGAUUGUUGGUGUCAGACGGGCUGGUUUGAGUAUUUCUGUAACUGCUGAUCUCCUGAGAUUUUCAAACACAACAAGUCUCUAGAGUUUACUCAGAAUGGUACAAAACCAAAAAUCAUCCAGUGAGCAGCAGUUCUGCGGAUGAAAACACCUUUUUGAUGAAAGAGGUCAACAGAGGAUGGCCAGACUGAUUUGAACUGGCAAAGUCUACAGUAACUCAGAUAACAACUGUACAAUUGUGUUGAGAAGAAUAUCAUCUCAGAAUGCUGUUCUGAGAUGCAGGUUUGUGCUGUUUUUGCAGCAGGAGGAGGACCUACACAAAAUUAGGCAGGUGGUUUUAAUCUUGUGGCUGAUCGGUGUGUAUAUUUAAAGCUUUAAACAGGAAUUGUAAUGUAGUGAUUAUAUUCAAUGUUAUGAAACUGUUAUGGAUUGCAUUUUUGUUUCUAUAAAGAUCUCUGAAUGCGAGAUUUGCACGUUUGAAUAAUGCUCUCAGGGUAUUGAAUGAAAAAUACACUAUGCACUUGGUUUGAGAGUGCAUGACAUUUAAUAAAUGCCCUAGUUUUUGUUAUAUAUAUAUAUAUAUAUAUAUAUAUAUAUAUAUAU